AUGUCGGGAAUUCCAUCAGGUGCAAUGUUAAAUAUCGAUCAAAUUGAAGUUGUUAGGUCAAGAAUGAUACAAGUUAAUGGUGCUCAAGCUGAAUUUUUAGAAUUUCUAGCUACUGCAGAAGAACCUAAUUCAAUAAGUUGGGUUGAUUAUUUGAAUAGAUUUAAUAUAUUUUUAUCAAAACAUACUGGUCUAUCAAAUACUUUUAUCGAUUCAAAUUUACGUAAAAACAUUUUACACCCAAAAGAUGCUCCUCCUGUUGAAUUGGAACAAAUUUUUAUUACAUUAUUACGUACAAAACAAAGACCCGAAAUUGAAAAUUUAGAAGAAGAAAUUAAACACGAGAUUUCUUCACAGGAAAAUUUAUUAAAUCUAGAAUUAGAAACUAAAAAGAAUGAUGACGAUAAUAAAUGGGAUAAAUUAUUUGACGAGUGGGAUAGAAGAUAUAAAGAACAUGACUUUAUUGCUACUACUGCUGCUGAAAUUUGUGAAAAUAUUUUAGGUGAUAUUAAUCAUAAAAAAAGAUUAGAUGAUAAUAUUGGUUUAGAUAAAAGUGAUGAUGCGGAGAAUAUUGAUAUUAAACAAGAUUUAACCAUGGAAAAAAUUCUCGUAUUCAUGUCAAGUGGUAAAUCAUAUUAG